AAUUUAAGAUCCUGUUAAAUUUCCGGUGAAUAGUUUGAUUUAGAUGUUGAACAAAUGAAUAUUUAAUGCUCUUCUCCACUGAUUCUCCAAAAAAUGCAGUUAUUGUCACGUGACUUCGAAUACAAGCAACGUAAAAUUUCUCUACGACGACAAAUAAUGAAUGAUCGUUGCUCAGAUACCAUCGUCAAGGAGACGACGCUGAAACAUCAAAAUAACAAUGAUAAAGAUGAAAAAACGUAUUGAAAUUUUAUAAAGCAAAGUGGACCAAUACACUGUUUCAUCCAUACGAUUUUAAAGUCAGAAUCACAUGGCUCAAUUACCAAAUAUCAAACCCAAACGUAAAAUUAAAUCAUCUAUUGAGUAUGUGGAUGAUUCUGAUAUUAUACUUGAUUCAGAAGGAAAUGAAAUUCGUGGCGAAACAUACACAUCUUUACAUUCAACUAUGAAUGGAUGUCGAAGACCUUUGAGUGCAGAUGCUUCAAGUUCUAAUUCUACAGGACAUAAAAAAUCGGCCGAGGUUGAUCUCAAAUUCAUUAAAGAGCCUUUGCAACGUUCCAUGAGGGAAGACGAUAAUGGCUUACGUAGAAGUUAUUAUUCAGGUGAAAUCUCUCGAGGCCUUAAGGCAGAAAACCUUCGAAAUUUUCUCAAUAACUUGGAGUCACAAGGGGAAGAGGACGCAAGUCAGGUGCUUAAAGAAAAACUAAACCGUUUGCUUCAGGAAAAAGAAACCUUGACAUUACAGCUAACACACUACAGAGAGAAAGCAGAGGUCGCGUCAAGUGACUUAGCUGCAGAAAAGAUAAAAACUUCCACUCUUAAAAACGAGGUGAAAUCUUGUGAAAUACGAGUGUCUGACAAAGAUCAACGAGUGACAGAUCUCCAGUGCGAAAUUGCGACACAAAAACAAAAUGGGGCCAGGCAGACAGCCCUGAUCCAGUCAUUACGUCAUCGUCUUCAGGAAGCCGAAGAGGCAAUCGAUGCAAAGGAGAGCGCUGCGUCACGGGGUGACGUCACUAUUGCAGCUUUGAAGAAAGAAAUGCAAAGUCAGCAGGAUCGGCUACAACAAGCCGAGACGGCGUUAAAACGACGAAUAAACGAGGAGGAAAACGCUACGAAAAAAGCACACUCGUGGAAGACAAAGUAUCUUGAAUUGAAGGAUCAAUUGAGUUCAGUACUUCAUGUCGACUUGUCAGAAAGUACCUUGGAGUCAACUUCAUUACUUAUUAAAAAGGUGAAUGAUCUAGUUCGAGAUAGACAAAAUUUGGAAGAGAAAACGAAAAGUCUUUCUGAUAGCUUACAAGAAAAUGAUUUGGAAUCAAAAGCAAGGAGGGAAACGAUAAUGCGCUUAGUUGCGGAGGUUGGAAACGAGAAAAAAGAAGUAGAAAAACAGCAGCAGACUAUUAAGGAUUUCAACCGUAAGAAUGAUACAUUGGAACAAAAAGUUUGCCAACUCGAAGUAGACUUGGAAAAUUCUCGUGAUAAAUUAAAGACGAGUCAGGAAGUGUGGUCGACAACACGGGAUGCUCUACAGGAACGCGAAGAAAAAUUAAACUUAUUAGAGCAAUCUUUGCAAAACGCGAAAGAAAAUGAGCAAGCAGUACAGACAAAGUUAACAAAGUUUUGCCACCAUCUCUCUGAAAUCAUGAAUUGCGAGGAAUCCGAAGAAAGUAUAAUAAACAAUGUGAAGAAAAUAACGAGAGAAUGUCGAGAUGCGAACUCUACAGUAGAAAACAUUCAAAUAAAACUGCGAAACACACAAGAAGAGUUGGAUGGUCAAAGAAACAUCAACAGAACAACACUACGACGUGCAGUUGAAGCCGAAAGUCAGAUGAAAGAUAUGGAAGACAGGAGUUCUGGAUUGGAAGGCGAGUUACUUUCAUCGGAUGUUGAAAGAGAUCAGUUAAGAGAAGAUCGUCACAAAUACAUGCGAUUCUGUGAGAAUCUUGCCAACACAAUGAAAUUAAAUGAGAUCGCUCAGGAUGCCGGUCUUGACGUGAACGGUGAAGCUCUAUUGGAGAGAGCCAGACAGCUUGUGAAACUGGAAAGUGAAGAAAUUAAUGAUCGCAGUAGUACUAUAUACAGCCUUCAAAGAAAACUGAAAUGGUUUAAACAACAGAUGCAAAGUAAAGACCUGCAAUUAGGCCUUUUACAAAAGAAGUUAUCGAGCCUUGAUGAUACCAUUAGGAGUAAGAGUCGUGUUGAAGUAGAACGUGACGAAUCAACGAUAAAAUUCAAAAAACUUCAAAAACAGUGUGAAAAAUACCGCGGAGAACUUCUACAAUCACAAAAACAAGUGACAGAACUGAAAGCUCAACUUUUGGAAACGAGUGAAUUAAAGAGAGAAAACAUGACACAAAGUCAAAAAAUUGAAGAUCUUGAACUUAUGAUAAGUAAGCUAGCUAAAAGUAAAGAACGAACGACACGUCAGCUGCAAGGAAUGAAAAGAAAUCUUCAUCAUAGCGAAGCUGAGGCUAAAGAAGAAAAAGUAAAAACAUACAGUAGUAUUAAUCAAUUGAAGGUCGAGUUGAACAACGUAAAAAAACUCUAGAAGAAACACAUACAAGGGAAAAACAGUUGCUGGAUUUCCGGAAAGUGCUUGCAAAGCUCCUGGGAAUGAAUGUUGAAAACCUUUCUGUACCUGACUUUGAAAUCAUUUCUCGUAUCGAGCGACUGGUCCAAGCACACCGCGCGCACGCCAUCACUACGCAUAGCCUGGAAACUAGUUUACAGGACAUGGACGCACGUUAUCGCGAAAGUUAUGAAGACACAAUGGCC